GUUUAUAUGCGACGGGAGACGGAAUGGCCCGAAGCUUUUCCAGCUUGUUGCGAAAACGGAUGUGGCUGCUGUAACAGGCCCAUGUCUGAAAACCCAGACAGACGGUCACAUUUCAGCAGAAAGACAACUACGCAGAAACACGUCGGCCAGGCCAGAACAGCAGCAAGAUGGAGUGUGAGUGGAAGCCAGACGAGCAAGGACUUCAACAAAUUUUACAGCUGCUUAAAGAGUCUCAGUCACCAGAUACGUCCACACAGAGAUCCGUCCAGCAAAGACUCGAGCAGCUGAACCAGUAUCCAGACUUUAACAACUAUUUGAUAUUUGUUUUGACGAAGUUAAAAUCGGAAGAUGAACCCACUCGGUCCCUGAGUGGACUGAUACUGAAGAAUAAUGUGAAAGCUCACUAUCAGAACUUCCCUAAUGGCGUGUCUGAUUUCAUCAAGAGCGAGUGCCUCCAAAACAUCGGAGACUCUUCUCCUCUCAUUCGGGCCACUGUGGGUAUCCUCAUCACCACCAUUGCCUCCAAGGGAGAGCUACAAAACUGGCCAGAGCUUCUGCCUAAACUCUGCCUGCUGCUGGAUUCUGAGGACUACAACACAUGUGAGGGAGCAUUUGGAGCCCUGCAAAAGAUCUGUGAGGACUCCGCUGAGAUCCUGGACAGUGACAUGCUGGAUCGCCCACUUAACAUUAUGAUCCCUAAAUUCUUGCAGUUUUUCAAACACAGCAGUCCAAAAAUCAGGUCUCAUGCCAUUGCCUGCGUCAAUCAGUUCAUCAUCAGCAGGACUCAGGCUCUUAUGCUACACAUCGACCCUUUCAUUGAGAACCUGUUUGCACUAGCGACAGAUGAGGAGCCAGAGGUGAGGAAGAAUGUUUGCAGAGCUCUAGUUAUGCUGCUGGAGGUUCGCCUGGAUCGUCUCCUGCCACACAUGCACAACAUCAUAGAGUACAUGCUACAGAGGACUCAGGACCAUGAUGAGAAUGUUGCCUUGGAGGCCUGUGAAUUCUGGCUUACACUGGCAGAGCAGCCAGUGUGUAAAGAAGUGCUGUGUGGUCACCUCUCCCAGCUCACACCGGUGCUUGUCAACGGGAUGAAGUACUCUGAGAUUGACAUUAUCCUGCUCAAGGGGGACAUUGAGGAGGAUGAGGCCAUUCCAGACAACGAGCAAGACAUCAGACCACGCUUCCACCGCUCCCGCACAGUCGCUCAGCAGCAUGAGGGUGAUGGGAUUGAAGAAGAAGAGGAUGAGGACGAUGAACUAGACGAUGAUGAUACAAUAUCUGAUUGGAACCUGCGCAAGUGUUCAGCGGCAGCAUUGGAUGUGUUGGCCAAUGUGUUCAGGGACGAUCUACUGCUACACAUUCUACCCCUUCUCAAAGAGCUGCUCUUCCAUCCGGAGUGGGUAGUCAAAGAGUCUGGGAUCCUAGUGCUUGGGGCUAUAGCUGAAGGCUGUAUGCAGGGCAUGAUUCCAUACCUGCCUGAGCUCAUCCCCCACCUCGUCCAGUGUUUGUCUGACAAGAAGGCCCUGGUGCGAUCCAUCACCUGCUGGACACUGAGCCGCUAUGCGCACUGGGUUGUCAGCCAGCCCCCAGAUACUUACCUGAAGCCUUUAAUGACAGAACUGCUCAAACGUAUUCUGGAUAGCAACAAGCGCGUGCAGGAGGCUGCUUGCAGUGCCUUUGCCACUCUGGAGGAGGAGGCUUGUACAGAGCUCGUGCCCUACCUGGCAUUCAUCCUGGACACACUGGUGUUUGCUUUCAGCAAGUACCAGCACAAAAAUCUGCUCAUUCUCUACGACGCGAUAGGAACACUUGCAGAUUCAGUGGGACAUCAUCUCAAUAAACCGGAGUACAUCCAGAUGUUGAUGCCUCCAUUGAUCCAGAAAUGGAACCAGUUGAAAGAUGAAGACAAAGAUCUCUUCCCUUUAUUAGAAUGUCUGUCUUCAGUAGCUACUGCCCUGCAGAGUGGCUUCUUGCCCUACUGUGAGCCUGUGUACCAACGCUGUGUCAAUCUGGUCCAGAAGACCCUCGCUCAGGCCAUGCUUCAUCAGUCCCAACCAGACCAGUAUGAGGCCCCUGACAAAGACUUCAUGAUCGUGGCUUUGGAUCUUCUUAGUGGACUUGCUGAGGGUUUGGGAGGCACAAUUGAGCAGCUGGUCGCCCGUAGCAACAUCCUCACUCUCAUGUAUCAGUGCAUGCAGGACAAAAUGCCAGAGGUGCGUCAGAGUUCUUUUGCUCUGCUUGGGGAUCUGACCAAGGCUUGUUUCCAGCAUGUCAAACCAUGCAUUGCUGAUUUUAUGCCCAUACUGGGUACUAAUUUAAACCCAGAGUUAAUAUCAGUGUGCAACAAUGCAACAUGGGCCAUCGGAGAGAUAUCUAUACAAAUGGGGCCUGAAAUGCAGCCAUACAUUGCCAUGGUGCUGCACCAGCUGGUGGAGAUCAUUAACAGGCCCAACACCCCAAAGACUCUACUGGAGAACACAGCAAUAACAAUUGGUCGUCUUGGUUACGUUUGUCCUCAAGAGGUGGCACCCAUGCUACAGCAGUUUAUAAGACCCUGGUGCACCUCUCUACGAAAUAUAAGAGACAAUGAGGAGAAAGACUCUGCAUUCAGAGGAAUUUGCACUAUGAUCAGUGUCAAUCCAGGAGGUGUAGUGCAGGAUUUUAUAUUCUUCUGUGAUGCAGUGGCCUCCUGGGUAAAUCCAAAAGAUGAUCUCAGAGACAUGUUCUACAAGAUCCUUCAUGGGUUUAAGAACCAGGUGGGAGAAGAAAACUGGAGGCGCUUCUCAGAUCAGUUCCCGAUGCCGCUGAAGGAACGGCUGGCAACCUUUUAUGGGGUGUAACUGUUUCCACAACACUGUGCCUCAUCACUGGGGUCAUUCACUAUGGGAGACAAUAUGGGGAACCAUCCCAGGGAACACGUUACCCUUUAUCGGGGGGAAGGGUCUGCCUGUUGAGGGAAGGGAAGGGGUGCGGACCCCUCCCCGACCUGGUGGACGGGGUGGGAGGGAGGUGGUAGCUGCAGUUCUCAGUGCCCCUAUGCAUAGGCUGAGGGGGGAAAGGGACUGGCAGAACAACCUUAUCAUGGGAGGAAAAUUCAUGUAAUUACAUCUCAGUCAGAAAUAAUGAACUCUAUCACCUUUUUUUCUCUCCAUUUAUUCCCUGAAUAUCUCAAGAAAUGAAAAGCAAAAAUGGAGAAAUCUUUGCAAAACCCUGUAAAGCAUUUGCUCUUUAAUUUUGGUUAGCUAAGAUGAAAGGUUAAUUCAGAAAAGUAUCUACAGGGCAGAUAAUGCAUUGAUGAGGAGAAGACUGUUCUUAAAACAAGAAAUAUAGAGUAAAGUUGAAGGUUCAUUGAGAUGUAUUUUCUCUGAAUACAGCUAGCUUAAAGCUAAGGAUUAGCAGCUGAUAUUGACAAUGCAUUUUAUUGGCUCCAGCUCUGGAAAAUACACUUUAUAAUGCUGCAUAUCACCACAAAAAAGUUAUUGCCUACAUUGUUAUCAGAUUAUUUCCUAUACUUUAGCCGGGCAGAGGCUGUUAAUUAUGUCACUGGAGAGCACAAGAUUUUCAUUUAAGAGCAGCUUUUCUGAGAAUAGGUAGCAUGCUUCUAUCAUUGUGGAAAGCUGUUGAACUUUAAUGAUGUGUGUUGCGUUUGACAGCUGUUGUUGCCCUUUGAUAAGGUUCUUCUUUGAUCUUGUAAUUUGUAUUUACAGUAUUUUUAUUUCUUCUGCCAGAGAAUUACGGCAAUCCGCUGUAAUGUAGCAUGACAGGGUUUACACACUGAAUUUCUGAAAUGUGUAAAAUCUUGGCUGUGAUGUAAUGUUGGAGUGAAUCUCUGUUUUUGGUCUUGUGUGAAUGUGACAUGGACAUUCAUCAGCAAGCAUAUCAAAGCUUUAGAUGCUUACAUAUUGUCUGAGCCUCGUGAAAGGAAAAUCGAAGGAGAAGCAUGCAGGUUGGCAUCCUGUGUGUUGGUCAAUUUGAUCUUUUUGUUUAUCGGACUUUAACCACAACAAACACAAAUCCCGUCUGAGUGAUUUUUUGUGACUUUGGCUGUCAGAACCAUGCAAUCCAUCAAAUCAAUGUUAAAUAUGUUUAUUUCUCAAUGUACUGAAGUUUUGUUAUUGGUUGUUUGGCUUCUUGUGCUCAAAGCAUGAUCUUGAGGAUGACUGUAAUGUUUUGGGUGGUUGUCACUGUGGGGUACUUGGAUGCUUUCAUCUCUUGCAUGUUGGUGGCCCCUCACACCCCAACAUAUAGUGGGAAGGGGAUCGCGGGAGGGAAGGGGAGCUUCAAUUCAAGUUUUAAAAAGUAACCAUUUAUGUAUUGCAACACUGGGACUUUUAUAACUUCACAUGAAUCGUGCUGGAGCGUUCUCCCUAAACUUUUACCCCAUAGCUGGAUGUAUAGUUUUUAAAUACUGUGAAAGUACAAGAAUGUUAAUGUCUCUGCUUGUUUUGCGCUGUUCUAUUUUUUAAUUAUCCAAGUGUUUAAGUUACAGAUGGCCUGAGUGUAUUCCAUGAUGGUUUGGGGAGAUAGGAAGAUUUUUUUUGUUUGUUUUCUUUUUUUUAUGCCCAGCCAGUCAUAUGUCCUCUGCUGGCCAGAGUAAUAACUGCAGUAUUUUAAUCCUUUGCGAUGCACAUGACAUGCACUUAAAAUUUUUAAUUGCAAGUGCUUGUAAUGAAUGAUGCAGCCAAACACUUUAGAAUAUAACCUUAGUGUUAACACAGAUUAUUAUUAAUUAAGUAUUGCUGCUAAAACGUAUUUACCUAAUGCAAUAAGCAUCUUGAUGCAAUUGGGUUGUUAGAUUGUGGAGGUAGUGUGUUAGAUUCAAUAUAAAAUAUAUAACUGGUCUUAGGUUAAGCAUUUAAUGAGAUAAACGGUGAAUACAGGAUAUAAUGCAUCAUGGAAUACAGAGGCAAAUCCUUGUAUGUGUCACAUCAUUUUAUGUUCUGAAGUGAUUUUCGUCUGUCACAUUCCAGCUGUUUGGCAUGCAAAAAAUGGAGUAAUGAUGGCUAGAUGGGGUGUGUACACAGUCCUGUUUUUCUUUCAUUGAAAGAGUGUAGGUCUUAAACACGCCAAACAAUCCCCAUUGUUACUGUGCUGUAUUUCUGACUUUACUGCUGCUAUACAUUGUAGUCGUGUUUCACCACUUGAAUAUGUGUUUUCUAUGUGUUAACCUCAGGUUGUUAGUGUCCAGUGUUACUUGUUUUUUAUCAUUUCCCCAAUGUGUACACCUAUAUGCAUCUCCUCAACAACUAAAGGUUAGUAAAAAAGCUGGCCCUUCAUAUUAGAAAUGGAUAACCAUGGGUGUUAAUUGACUUUAGUGAUAACAAUGUGUGCAACACUGCCAGCUGUCAAAUGUGAUUACAGUUGGAAAGCAGGGGGUGUAAGAACAAUUCAGAAAUGGUAACAGGCACAUACUUUAUGUACUUUUUGUCAAAAGUGAUUGUUAUCAGACGACGGUAAAUAGUGUAAUAUCUACACAAUGCCUUGAGAGCAAAUACUUAGAGGUUUUGUUGUUUUGCAAUACAUAUACAGUAUACUGUAUCUAAAUAAACACUUCAUUUCAAAGCAAAGAAAUUGAUAGACAAUUUUAAAAACACUGUUCUAAACAAGUUUGCAGAUAAGUUUGACUUUCUAUGAAGCUUUAUUGAAAAUUUUUACUCUAUAAAGCAUCCACCAAUAUAAAGGAAUGUCUAGUCAAAGAGCUCCUGUAUCCUAUAAUUCAAUUAGCCUUUAAACUUGAUUAGAUUAUGCCUUCAUCUUUUUUGCUAAUAAAAGCGAAACAUCAUUUUGAUAGGCAUGGUUUUUGAUUUUUUUUUUCUUUUUAAUAAGCUGCUGAAUUUUUAAAAACGUAAUCCUUUUGGGGCCACCAAAUAUUUUGGAUCAUGCAAAGACUCUAUAUUGUACUGUAGUAAUUUUGUAAUAUUUGUAAGAUGAUAUAGUGGGUGUGACUGGUUACCAUUGCUUGAAUCUGUACAUUGUUCCAAUAAAUUGUUUACAUUA